AUGCAUUUCGUCUACCAGAAUGUGAUGAAACGUAUUAUUACUGUCGACGAGUCUUGGAUAUAUGCUUAUGACCCGGAAACAGAUGAUCAGUCGGACGAAUAUCGUGACAAGGGUGAGCCGAACAGGUCAAAAAUUAAGGUUGUGUUGACAGUUUUCUUCGGUUAUCGAGGUGUGAUACACUCUGAAUUCCUACCGACCGACCAAGCUAUCAACAAGGAAUACUAUUUGAACUUUCGUAAAACGAGGCCGGAAUUAUGGGCCGACAACUCUUGGUUUUUGUAUCACGUUAAUGCAUCGUUGCAUACAGCUUUGAUUCCUCGUGAGUUUUUUACCAAAUCUUCAAUCAAUAUCGUUCCGCAACCACCGUUUUCGCCUGAUUUAGCUCAGUGUGAUUUCUGA